AUGUCUCGUCACGCAACAAUCACCCAGUCAUACCAAGAGCGCGCCUCGCUCCCCAAGACAUCGCCCGUGGCUGCUUAUCUCUUGCAAUUGAUCGCCGCAAAGCAGACGAACCUCUGUGUGUCGGCAGAUGUAUCCACCACAAGAGAACUCUUGCAGCUCGCCGAAGAGGUCGGCGACUCAAUAUGCAUGCUCAAGACACAUGCAGACAUUAUCAAUGACUUUGGCCCUCGCACCAUUCAGGGUCUCAAAGAGAUUGCCGCCAAAAAGCACUUCCUCGUCUUCGAAGACCGCAAGUUUGGCGACAUUGGCAGCACGGUGCAGAAGCAAUUCACUGCUGGUCCUCUGCAAAUCGUACGCUGGGCCAACAUUAUCAAUGCUCACAUCUUCCCUGGCCCUGCCAUUAUCACCGCUCUCUCGCAAGCUGCCCACGACGCCUGCAGGCUCGGCUACUUGCUCAUUCUUGCAGAGAUGAGCAGCGCGGGUAACUUGAUGACUGGUGCAUACACGGAGCAAUGUGUGGUUGAAGCACGCAAAAACCCGGAAUUUGUCAUGGGCUUCAUUGCACAACGCUCGCUGAACGAGAAGCCUGGUGACAACUUCAUCACCAUGACCCCUGGCGUGCAGAUCGGAGCAACUGGAGACGGUCUCGGUCAGCAAUACAACACCCCGGAGAAAGUCAUCGGCGAGGCUGGUACCGACAUCAUCAUCGUCGGCCGUGGUGUCUAUGGUGCACAAGACAAGAGGGCAAAGGCCGAGGAAUACAGAGUCAGAGCAUGGAAGGCAUACGAAGAGAGAAUCGGCUCUUCCGCAACAAAAGCCAGCAGGUGA